UCACGUACGUUCUCAUAUAUACAUCGUCGAUAUUGUUGAUGACAAACGAGCCCUUGUCUCUCACUUUAAUUUCACGGUCAAACUUAUCAACUUGAUCACUAUGAAUACCAACUUCGAUAUCAUCCGUAACACACCACAAAGAACACAUAAGAAAUUAAGACGUCGCCAAUCAGCCAGUACUCAUCAUCAUGAAGGCAAAGACGACGUCGUUCAUGUCGUUUCGGGCAACUAUUCUACUCUUCUUCUUCUUCCUGGCCUGCUCUCCUCCCCUGCCUUGCCGCUCCCACGAACACAUGUGCUUACUUCCGCUGAGAGGGCAAGGCACCUCCACCUACAGAUACAUAUGCAACGAAGAAGACGUUGGAAACGACCAAAUAACCAGAGACGCGAUAGAUGCGGUUCUUGACGGCUUGUUGAGCGUGCCUUCGGUUGAUUUCAACUACGACGGCGGCGAUGUUUACUGCGACAAAUCAAAUGGGGACCUGAUCUACGGCUACAUCUACUGCGCCUCCGGCGACAAGGCGGCGUGCCAGGACAAGCUGCAGGGUGCUUAUGCUGAUGUCGUGGAGAAGAAGUGUGGGAGGUACAGAGUUGGAGCUCAAGUCGUUGCCUCGGACGGAUCGUGUCUUAGGUACGAGAAGUACUGGUUCUGUCCAUGGCCGUGAUGAAGAUCAUCGAUCGACCGAUGCAUUAUUGGGUUCGAAUUCGAAUAAUAGUGUCAAGACGAUAAAGAAGAUGGAGCAGAGGUCCAUGACGGUGAAGCAGCUGAUGCAGAGCUGGAAUGGGCACAUCGAGCUUCAGCUAGAAGAAGACAGUGAAACGCGUUUAGGCUCGAAGACGAUUUGUUGUAUGCGAAACGUUUCGAGCCUUCGCCUUAACGCGUCGUCAGUAUUAGAGUUACCAGAGUUAAUUUUAUCCUUUGCGUUUUAUUAUUCACCACGUGUCAAGGUGAAUUUUUAUUUCUGUUUAUUUUACCGUUGGACACAGUAAAACUUGACACUGAGU